AGUAACUUGAGGACAUCCAGUCUGCAAGUCUCGGUAUGCUUUACAAUGCUUUAUUAUCACUAAUGGCAUUUAUGUUUUGUCUUAGUCUUUUCCUGGUGCACAGAGCCAGUGUUUUAGAAAAUGAUUUUCGAAAACUCCAAGGGGACUUAAUUCUACAAUUAAAUCAGCCACGUUCUGAGGGAGUCAAUGGGAAAAUGGCCAAGAUGUCUAAAACAAGGGAGGACAUUAAGCCAAGUACUUUCCAAAAAGCUCAGAGUUCUCUGAAGAUGUCUUCAAGGAGAGUAAAACGGGAACAAGGCAGCUGCAGAGCUCCAACAUCAUUCCUGCAGUUAACUGCUAACACUAACAAACAGCCAGACAUGAGAGGAAAUAUAACAGUGAUCCCUUGGACUGUUUCUGCGCAGCAAGGAAAUGCAAUUUCACAAAAGGAAAACAGAAUUGUUGUCCAAGAGGAUGGUUAUUACUUGGUGUUUGGACAAGUAUUGUGUCACUGUAACUCAAGCAUAACUAAGUUGAUAUUACAUCUGAUUUGUUCCAGCUUUUCAGCUAAUGUUCUGCUUAAUUCACAGGUUUUGUUCACAAGCCCAAGCACAGUUAUGGGUUAUAUUAUUCGAAGUUUGGGCUCCACUAAUGCAGAGACGACAUCAACAGAGGUGUUGCGCUGCCUGCAAGAGAUGCCUGAUGCAACUCCUGCCAACACAUGCUACACUUCAGGUAUUGUGCAGCUGCAUCAGAACGAUGAGCUCGAGUUGGUGAUCCCAUACAGGCCCCAAGCCCUCAUCUCAGUGGAGGCAGACUCGACCUUUUUUGGUGUCAUACAGCUAAACUGAAACAAGACAGAAUGAAGAAGAUAACCGGUGCAGCUCAGGAAGUGGGAAGCUGACACUGAGCUGUGUGAAGGCGUGCUGAUAAAGGACUGAGUGACAGCAGCAGGAAGACUGUAGGAACCUGUUAUUAAUCUCUGGAAAAUACAGAAUCGACUUUUUAAAUGAACUGCCCAUCUCAUCUGUCAGGUUUUUUUUUUUUUUUUUUCAUUUUUGAACCAAGCUACUUUUAAAAUUCUUUUGCUUUAAAGUGUUAAAGUGUGUCUUUCAGCUAGUUCACCUGGGCCUGUCUCUUUGCAUUGUUUAUAUGUGCCACCUCCUUUCAUCAGUCUAUUUUUGCAUGGCUCUUUAUACCUUGCUGAGCUGCUUCCCUCAAGCUCCACCUCCACACUGUCUGUUUAUUUGUUCCUCAUCUAUUUUUGAAUGGUUUCCGUUUCCCUUAGACUAUGUCAGGAACAAAUAUAAGUAUAAAUUUAUAUCACUCAGGAUGUGUUUUCCUGGUUAACAUGCAAUCUCAAUAUUGUAAAUGCUUUGGUAUAUCAUGAUAAAG